AUGGAAAAUAGUGAAAUGAGUACUUAUGUAAAUCUGUCUUUUGGUGGAGAAAUUGACGAACAUAUGGUAAUGUCGGGAGAAAUGGACAUGCCCAUGGCACAUUAUAUAAAUGAAGCCGAAAGGCAUGACGGGCAAUCGCUCGGAGGUUUAGGUGAUGAUAACGCAAUAGAAAACGGGAAUGGGUUUGCGGUUGAAGCGUAUAUACAAUUUGAUGAUUUUGUUCAUGCUUCUGAUACUAUGUCUGAUGGUCAGCAAAUGUUGUGGAAUAUCGGCACCACUUCAGACAAUCAAAUGGCUGCAGAGGGAUGGGAUCCAUCCUCUCUUGCAAUUCAUGAUUCUGUGCAAACAGCUCAAGAAAACAAUCCUCAAACUGUCUUGAUGAACCCUGAUGCGGCUACGCAAUUUCUUAUCGAUCCUGCUCUAUCUUCACCUCCUACCACAACCGAAUCAAAAAAAUCGCAGCGUCCGUCACUUCUUCAAAAACCUACCCAAUUAAAUGGCUCAAAUAAAACCGCACCACCGAUCAUCAAACCUGGCGCAAUGAAUAAUAGACUACUUACGGCUACCGGCCAAAAUCCUGCGAUAAAUAAACUACCGUCACCUCAACUGAGAAAGAUACCCGUUCCUCCGCGAAAAACUUCCUCCGGAAAUUCCAACGAUUCUACCGCCAAGGUUCGUAAUCUUUGCAUGGAAAAGUUUCACAAUCUGUUUACCAAGAAGUACAUGGAAUUGGAGAAGAAGGCUGAAUUACCCGAUUCACAAGAAGGACCCGAACAGCUCGCUCAUCGCUUGGCGAAACGUAUUGAGGAAUCCAUUUACGAUAAUUUUGCUUCAAAGACCGAACGCGACGGUUUGGGUCAAUCGUAUAAAUCAAAAUUUAGAAACCUCCUAACUAGUCUUGGUCAUCCUAAGAAUGAAGAUCUAUUAAUGCAAGUUGUUAAGGGAGACAUUCCGCCGGUGAGAUUGGUGAUGAUGUCCGCGGAGGAUUUGGCUAAUCCUGAACAAAAAUCAUUGAUGGUCAAGGUACGCAGGGAAAGUAUGCAACAGUCGGUUUUGAAAGCUGAGGACAUAAACGGACCGAGGAUAAAGAAGACGCAUAAGGGUGAAUUUAUAAUUGUCGAAGUUGGACGAGAUUCUCCUAAACAUGAUGCGCCGGAUACCAAUUCAACGGUAACAUCCACUCACCCCACAUUUAAUACUCCGAACGUAAGACCGAAAAUAAAUGUCGAAGAUUUGAUUCCUAAACGGCGGACCAGUGCCACCGAUGGCACAAAUUCCGCGAAUAGUGAAAAUUCUUCAAAGGAUGAUUUGUUCUAUCGUAGCGUCGAUGAAACGAGCACCUCAACAAAUAGUUUCUCUCAGAUCACGCCACAAAACGAUGACUCGUGGAAUAACACAAAGGGUGGUGGUAACGAUGUCGUGAUGAAUAACGCCGAGGUGACCGGUAGUCCUGUGGCGAUGUCCGUGGGAUCUUCGGUGAACUCGCCGCCGCUUUCUCCUCAAGCAAAAUCAAUAAUUUCCCCCACCAUGAGUCCUUCGAACACCCCGACUGAGGAACCGCCCAGCAAUCCAGUGAUUAAGUUGCCUCCAAUCUGGAAGGGUAGAUUGUUAUAUGAUGGGGUCGCCAGAUUUUCUGGUCAUGCAACCCUGGUCGCCGCAAAAAAGCGAGACAGGGAACGAAAUUGGGAGGAAUUCCUCGCGGCAUCCAUCAGGUGCAAUGGUCAUGUUUCACGGGUGGAACAAGCGGACACGUAUUUGAUUGAUUGUUGGUGUUCACCUUCCAAAGAUGUUGCGUUCAUCAAGUUCGAGGCUAACGAAGAUGAAGCUAAUGAUAAGGAACAGUUUGAUUUGAUUUUUAAUUAUUUACGUUAUUCUCCCAAAGAUAGAGUGGUGCGUUAUGGUCGGGUUGCAAACGCCUAUAGUACCGUUAGAGAAAUGUACCUUAUACCAUUAGAACCCGAAGAUAAAGUUCCUGACGUUAUUACCUUUCUAGAUCAUGAUGAGAUAUUUAUGACAAAAAAUAAUGAAAAACGUGAAUCAAAAUUAUUGUUGGGUGCAAUUGUUAUCAUUGAUGUUGUGUCUUCCAAAUCGAAACGUCCACGUGAUUUAACCCAGAACAUUUCGCGACCAAUGAAAAAAGAGAAGUUAGAAUCUUCUACUGUUGCCACCACUGUUCCCACUACCAUUGCUACUACUGCUGUUACUAAUCAAUCGAACAUUAGAAAUAGUCCAUUGGUUGGUAACGCUGUAGUACAAAGUCCAAUUGUGGCACCUCAAAAUAUUGCGAGCACGAUAAUAGCACCACCAGUGAAUUCGCCGCCGAAUCAACAGGCACCUACGAACCUGCCAGCGGUCACAACUGCGCAAAACGGAAUCCUUCCCGGAUUGCUACAAACGCUACUAGCUCAGUCCAAUUCGACCGUUCCUAAUCAGACCGCACCACCGACGGUGCCAUUUCCACAUCCGCCUCCUCAAUUCAAUGGUCCACCCGCUCAACCGGGCUUACCACAACUUCCACCGCAGGCACAGAUGCCACCAGGAUUUCCCCUUCAGUACGAGCAAUUCUAUCAACACCUUCCACCCCCAAACUUUCCCCAACAGGGUCCCCCUCCCCAGCAACCACCAGUUGGACCACCGCAGGCGCCGCCACCGCAACCACAAACUUUACCACCGUAUGGACCACCUCCAAACAACGAAUACGUGCAUUUUCAACCACCUCCGUCGGACAAUCGACGACCUCCUGGCACGCAAGAUUUCAGACCCAAGUGGGGCCCACCACCGGAAAAUCGACCACCGUGGGAUCAAGCUCAGUGGGAACAAGAGGACAGGAGGAAUUGGAAUCAGAAUGACUCCAGACCACCGAGGGAACGUGAAUACCGAAGGGGACCGUCGCCACCACAUUCAGAUUACCGUGAUCGAAAGCAUCGGGGUCAUUCGCAUAAUCGCGAUCUCCGUGGCAGACGUGGGAACAACAGUCCCCGGGGCGGGCGUAACAUUAACGUAACCGCGGGACAAAGCAAUGAUCGUGACUGGAAUGACCAUGAUCGAAAUGAUUGGGGAGAACGUGAUAGGGACGAUAGGGAUGAUGGUCGAUAUGAGCGUAACAACCGGGAACAUCAUUACAAUGAGACGACCGAUAGGAUGAAUGACCGAGGUGGAAAAUCCAGGAGAGGUGGUGGCGGAGGAAGGUUCCGAGGGACGAGAGCCUGA